UCGGUAGCAAAACCGAGCGUGCUAGUAGCUGUCGCGUCCAUACACGUAGUUGUAUAACUACUGUAGUGCGGGAACACGCGAGAAACACGCACUGCAAGCAUGCAAGUUUACGGGAAUGCACACGCGCGCAUCGCUUCCCAGCAGAGGCCCCAGUCUCGGCGCUGCUUACGCCAGAUUGCCGCUGUAGCUCGCUGCCAUUUGCCAACUCAAGUCGAGGCGCCCGCGGACGCUCCGUCGACAAGCGCGCGCGCCAGCCAAUCGUGGCGCGUUGGGGCGGCAUCGGCGCUAUCGGCGCUGGCGGUACUCGGCGGUGCUGCGGUGGCGCCAGGUGGCGUGUUUGCAGCUACGCCAGGCUUGGACUCGAGUACAUACUUUUUUGACUCGGGGCGGCUGCUGAGUGCCGACAAGCGUGACAAGCUCAACUCGGAGCUGUCAGAGUUCUCACAGCGCACCGGGUGGAACCUGCGCAUCUACACCGCCUACGGCCCCGGCACCACGCCGCCAGAGGCCGACCUGCGCGCCGCCUGGGGGCCGCUGGGCAAGAACAGUGUUGUCAUUGGCUACGACGCCACGGCGCCCUCGCUCAUCAACGUGCCCUACCUGGGCGAUGACGCGCUGGCCACUCUGAAGCGGCCCUGGUGGGGCGAGUUCAAGGGCCGCUUCGGCAACCUGUUCUACGUACGAGAGCAGGGCGAGCAGACGGCCAUCGCCGUGAGCACGCAGGUGCUGAUGGAGUGCCUGGGCAAGCCCGGCGGCUGCCUGGUGGUCCCCGGGGUGCCGGACGAGCAGUACUACUUCACACUGCUCACCAGUGUGGCCGGAGGACUGGUGGCGGGCUUCGUGUCCAAGCUGGAGCCGCAGGGCUUUGUGCAGUCCCGCUGGGUGUGGGUGCUGCUGUUCUCGCCGGUGUGGGGCAGCCUGUACAUCAACUUCGGACUGGGGCCCAUCAUCAGCCGCACCGAGGACAAGCUGCCCAUCAUCCAAAACACGCUAGGCUUCGCGGUGGGAGCUGCGGCGCCGUACCUGGUGCAGGUACUCAGGGCGCCGCCAGUGAAGGAUGGCCAGCAGUAGGAGAUGGUGAGAGAGAGGGGGGAUGGGGGCGCAAUGCUGCUGGCACUCGCCACGGAGAGCUGCGAGUCGAAGGGCCGGUGUCGAAGUACCGUACGCACGAGGCAGGCGCGUGUAUUGAGAUGGUUUGCUCAGGUGCUGUAGAUGCUUGAUGGCAUUGCUGAGUUGCGUUGGAUUGGUUGUGCUUGCCACACGCACUGAUAGCAUCUGCAAGUGCCUGGUUUGUGGCAGACAGCGCGGCGGGAGGCAGGGCAAUUUUCAGGCGGGCCAAAUUUCAGGCCGGGUUGGUUUUGUCUGCUACGGCAUCGUGCGUGCGGCCUUUACAAGGCAUCUUUGCAACGCGCUGUGUGGUCUCAACGUCCACUCCAGCCCGGAGCCCGGAUCGGACCUGCAAGCGCCGGUCUCAGCCCACGGACAAGUCCAGUGCCGUGUGGACGUGUGUGCCCUCUCAUACAUAAGCCUUGUCCAGAUGAUUCGUCCCCUUGUUCACAUAAGCCACAUGCACCCCAUAUAAGGGGUCAACGACAAAGGAUUGCCGCCGUAUGUAACUACAGCCGUCC